AUGAAGGUCACCGCCGCUGUCACCAUCCUGGCCUUUGCUGCCAACACUGUCAUGGCCGUCCCCGUUGCCCCUCGUGAGGAGGCUGGCAUCUUUGAUGCCGUCAAGACCGGCCUCGAUGCUGCCGGCAACAUCUUCGGAACCGGUAUCGGCAGCGCUGCCAGUCUCUUUGGCAUGGCCUUUGACGGCGCGAUCUGCACCAUCGACAGCUUCUUUGGUGGUCGACGACCUACCUGCGGUGGACGUGCCACCCUUGGUAACAACGGCAAAAUCACCGCCACCACCACUACUACCAAGGGUGACACCAAGGGCGAUACCAAGGGCAACACUAACACCAACACCAACACCAACGUCAACCAGGAGAGCAACGACGACAGCUUCAGCUUCAAAUACUCCACUGAGGAGGACGGCCGCCUCAAGGUCACCAUCAUCCCCGAUGCUAAGGGCAAGUCUCAGUGCGUCACUAUUGUCAAGAAGGAGGGCGAGAUCAAGGACAUCAUUGCCCGCGAGGCCGACAAGUGCCUGUAG